AAAGUCUUGGGUCGUAAAUAGAAAUUAAAAAACCAAUGGGGGUUCGUUCUGAAAUAAUGCAAAAACAUGGAACAAUGAAUCAAUCAAAAGGCGGCGAAUUUUCGUGCAAGGGCGACAUAGCAAAAUGAUUCCUUGUUAUCCCGGAGUUUUGAGAGUUUUCCGGUCUUCCCUCUGUUCUGUUACAUCCAGAGCAGAGCUACUACAAUGGCAGAUGAUAGCUUCGCUUCCCAUAAAAGAGACCCUAUUAAGUCCUCGGGUUCUUCCUUUUCUCCUUUGAUUCUAGUUGGGACUGUUGCGGAGCAAAAGAGGCGGCAAAACGCGGUUACGGUGGGGAAGGAGAGGAGGAAAUCGUUGGUGCGAGCCAAGAGAUUAUGUAGAGUGGGGACUAGCGGUGAGACUGACGUUUCUGCUGAAAACGAUAUGAUGAUUGAUAAUGAGCAGUCCAUUUUGGGGGCCCAAACUGCUUCAGCUGUGGAGGAAUUGAAGUCUGCCACUGCUUACCACUGGAAAACCAGAAGAAACAAAAGCACUGUCGCCUGCAUUACCUUUGCUUAUUGCUCAGCUUGGAGAAAAAUUCCCUUCCCUGUUGCUGAGCAGUGUGCGUGUGCAUUGGGAAAUGUAGCUGGUGAAGGAGAGGAGUUGGGGAAUGUUUUGCUAUCGCAAGGGGCCAUACUACCUCUUGCAAGAAUGAUGCUGCCAAACAAAGGUUCCACUGUGAGAACAGCUGGUUGGGCAUUGUCAAACGUUAUCAAGGGACCAGAUCCUAAAGCUGUGACAGAACUCAUCAGAGUUGAGGGAGUACUAGAUUCAAUUCUCCAGCACUUACGAAAAUUGGAUGAGGAGCUGGCAACUGAAGUAGCAUGGGUGGUUGUGUAUCUCUCAGCCCUUUCCAAUUUUGCCACUAGCAUGCUCAUGAAGAGUGGUGUCCUUCCAGUUCUUGUGGAAAGAUUAGCAACAUCAAACAGUUUGCAACUUCUCAUUCUGAAACUUGCGGUUUAUGAAGUAGACUUUGAAUUUGAAGGUCUCCUCUCUAUAGCCAACGAAACUUCUGCUGCAAGCCUAGGUCAUGCAUAGCGUUUGGCUGUGUAUACUCUUUAGAAAUUGUCUUAAUUUUUUUAAAAAAUAAUAAUAAUAAUAAAUAGAGGUGUUUAUA